GCAGCCUCGGCCCAAUCUGCUUUGGCUGCCACGUUGGUGAAGACGUGGACUUGUGGGACCGGCGGCGCUGCGUCGCCUGGACGAUCCGCGGCACCGACAACACACUGAGCCCGAGGUGAGCACUGGUUUUACCCGUGAUUGUGUUUCCACCUCAGCCUAGCUUGCAAGAAUGAAGCUUAAAGAGAUCAAUCGGACGGCUGUCCAGGCCUGGAGUCCAGCUCAACAUCACCCCAUUUACUUGGCUGCGGGCACUUCAGCCCAGCAGCUGGAUGCUACAUUCAGCACCAAUGCUUCCUUGGAGAUCUUCGAGCUGGACCUAGCUGACUCCACUCUGGAUAUGAAACCCUGCGGUACUUUCUCUUCCAGCCACAGGUACCACAAGCUGAUUUGGGGAGCUCCAGGAAAUGGCUCCAAGGACAUGUCAGCUGGUGUCCUUGUUGCUGGUGGUGAAAAUGGGAACAUCAUUCUGUACAACCCUUCUGAAAUUAUUGCAGGUGGCGAGGAGGCUGUGAUUGGCCAGAAUGAUACUCACAGUGGUCCCGUCAGAGCACUCGAUUUCAAUCCUUUUCAGAAUAACCUUGUUGCCUCGGGAGCCAAUGAGUCCGAGAUCUACAUCUGGGAUUUGAACAAUUUUGAAACUCCGAUGACUCCAGGAUCAAAAUCGCAGCCAUCAGAGGACGUCAGUUGUGUUGCCUGGAACAGGCAGGUUCAGCAUAUCCUGGCCUCGGCCAACCCGAGUGGCCGCGCUGUUGUUUGGGACCUGAGGAAGAAUGAACCGAUAUUGAAAGUCAGCGACCACACCAACCGAAUGCACUGCUCGGGCCUGGCUUGGCACCCCGACAUUGCCACGCAGAUGGCCGUGGCCUCCGAGGAUGACCGAAUGCCGGUGAUCCAGAUGUGGGACCUCCGGUUCGCAACGUCUCCCCUGCGAACGCUGGAAAGCCACACAAGAGGGAUUUUAGCCAUUGCCUGGAGCCUGGCGGACCCAGAGCUGCUUCUGAGUUGUGGCAAGGAUAACCGCAUGCUUUGCUGGAACCCCAACACUGCAGAGGUUGUGUAUGAGCUACCUACAGCUACCCAGUGGUGUUUUGAUAUCCAGUGGUGUCCCAGGAAUCCAGCUGUCCUCUCUGCAGCUGCUUUUGAUGGUCACAUCAGCAUCUACUCCCUCAUGGGCGGAAAUCUCGAUGCGCAAAGGCAGCAGCAGGUUGAUAAUAUUUCCUCCUCCUUUGGGAACUUGGAUCCAUUCGGUACAGGACAAGCUCUUCCUCCCUUGCAUCUCCCUCAGGCAAUCACUCAGCCUAGUGCCGUGAUGCCUCUGAAAAAGCCUCCCAAGUGGAUCCGCCGCCCCGUGGGAGCUACAUUUGCUUUUGGAGGAAAGCUGGUGACGUUUCAGAACCUGAAGCCUCAGGCACAGGCCCAGCAGCAGCAAGAAGCCCCGUUCCAGGUGUUCGUCAGUCAGGUCGUCACCGAGUCCGAGCUUCUGAACCGUUCCAACGAGCUGCAGAAUACCAUCCAUUCAGGGAGCUUUGUGGAGUAUUGUCAAUCAAAAAUUAACGCUGCUCAGACCGACUUUGAGAGAAAUGUUUGGGGGUUCUUAAAGGUUAACUUUGAGAAGGAUCAUCGCAAUAAGUACUUGGAGCUUCUAGGAUACAAGCAAGAAGAACUUACGGAGAAGAUUGCAACGGUGCUACAAAGUGAUGCAGACAAGAUUGAGCUUCCAGCAGACCAGGAUCCAGGAGACUCUGAGCAGACAACAGAGAGUGCUGAAGACAACCUUGCUACGGAAGAUCAGUCCCUAGGGGAGACAGACGAUGAGCAUGAAGAAGAUGAGGAGGAUUUGGACCUAAACAUGGCCACAUCCGAGAAGCAAGUUGAGAAAGAAACAAAAUUCAAUAUCUCCGUCAGUGGAGAUGUUGACGGGUUGAUUACCCAGGCCUUGUUGACAGGCAACUUUGAAGGAGCCGUUGAUCUGUGCUUGCAUGAUAAUCGAAUGGCAGAUGCCAUCAUCUUAGCGAUAGCUGGAGGCCAGGAACUUCUGGCUAAGACGCAAAAAAAAUACUUUGCCAAAACAAAAAGCAAGAUUACCAGGUUGAUAGAUGCUGUGGUGACAAGGGAUUGGAAAGAAAUUUUACAGUCAUGUGAUCUUCAGAAUUGGAAAGAAGCUUUUGCUGCCUUGCUGACUUACGUCGGGCCUGAUGAAUUUGCCACACUGUGUGAUUAUUUGGGCGCUCGUUUGGAGAGUGAAGGAGACAACGACCUUCAGGCUCAGGCCUGCCUGUGCUAUAUCUGCGCCGGUAAUGUGGAGAAACUAGUUGUCUGCUGGGAUAGAGCUCAGAAUGGCAACUCUCCUCUUGCUCUUCAGGAUCUCAUUGAGAAAGUAGUGAUUUUGCGCAAAGCUGUCGAACUUACCCAAGGAGCACACAAUAAUGGAGUUGGGGCUGUUCUAGCAGAGAAGAUGAGUCAGUAUGCUGGUCUACUGGCAGCCCAAGGAAGUCUGGUUGCUGCUUUGUCUUAUCUGCCUACCGACGCAAAUCAGAUGGCAAUCCUACAUUUACGAGACAGACUGUUCCGUGCCCAGGGUGAACAUGCAGCAGGGCAAGAAUCGGCUUCUUUAUCACACGGGAAGCAUCAAGCUCCAAGAGGCAGAGCAAGUUCUGGUCAUUCACUUUACAUGGGGAAACCACAACAUGCGGCAUCCACACAGCAGUACUACCCACAGGUUGGACCAGCCCCUACUGUUACAUCAUGGAGUAAUCAAACAUCCACUGCCCUCCCCAGCUUUAUACCAACCUCUGCAUCUAACGCACAGGAUGAAGUCCCCCCACCGCCAGGUUUUGCUUUGCAGGCAAUUCCAAAUCCUGCUGGGCAGCUGCAGUCACAAGGCUCACCAUCCACUGCAUAUAAUGCCUAUUCUCAAGUCGGGUCACGUCAGACGUUCCCUCCAACUCAUCAACCACAGCAGUACCCUCACGGAGCAGGGGGUCCAACGUAUUAUCAACCUACUGCACCUCCAGCCCCUUCUUCCUACCCACCUGCAUAUUUGCAAUCUGCCCCUUCUCACUCUCUGCCUUCGUCUGUGGCUUCUCAGUACCCGGGACAGCCGCAGCUUUCCCCUGCAACGUCUGGGCCUGCCUCUGCUCUUCCUCCUCUCCCCGGAGCAUCCUACCAGCAUGGCGGACCUGGAGCUCCGGCAUCGUCAGUGGCCUACCCUCCCUCAGCGGGACCACCAGGAUACAUAUUUUCCGAAGACCCAACUACUUACUUAGAAGGACCUCAAAAUGGUUGGAAUGACCCUCCAGCUUUAAGUAGGAUGACAAAGAAAAAGCAAAUGUUUCCAGGCAACUUUACACCCUUUUCUCCCAUCACUGCUCCCAUAAUGAACCCAGUCGCAGAGCCUCAGGCCUCGAUGCAGAACCAGCAGCAUCUUCCCCCACUGCACAGUUCCUUCCAGGCUUCCCAGCAACCUGCAAGCCAAGCCGGGGCUCAGAAUCAAUACCAAGGAAUGAUGCAGCCUGGGAUGCAGCCAACGGUACACACAAUGGUGCCUAAACAUAGCACUGAAGAAGCUCCCGGUGCUCCAACUGGCGACAUCAUGCUGCCAGUGCAACCAAUAAUGACUGAGAAAAUUGCCAAAAAGCCCAUUCCAGAAGAGCAUGCCAUCCUGAAGAUCACAUUUGAAGGAUUGAUUCAACGAUGUAUGACUGCAGCAACUGACCCUCAAACUAAGAGAAAGCUGGAUGAUGCAAACAAGCGACUAGAAUCCCUGUACAACAAGCUGCGGGACGAAGUGCUCUCACCAGCCAUAAUUGGUGGUUUACAUAACAUAGCCAGGAGCAUUGAAAGUCGGAACUACACUGAGGGACUAAGCAUCCACACGCACAUCGUCAGCACCAGUAACUUCAGUGAAAUCUCCGCCUUCAUGCCGGUCCUCAAAGUGGUCCUCACCCAGGCUAAUAAACUAGGUGUUUGAUAUAAAAAUGUAAUUUGAAAAGCAAGCAUUAUAUACUUUGUGAAAAGUAAAUAUUGGCCAAACCUGUGUUGGUUUUGGUGGAAAGGGGAAAAAUCUAAACAAAGACAAUUUGAAAACCCAUGGUUAAAUGUAAAAUGAACACGUGUUUCAUUCCACAUUGCAUUUUACCACAACGCCUUAUAUAACAAGGCAAAACAUUCCAAUAUAUAAUCAGAUGAAAUUAAGUCAAUGGGGAUGCACCUUGAUCUUUUAAAUCUGUCUAUGUUGCCUGUUUUUUAUUAAAAAAAAGAACCAAUGAAAAGACAUGACCUACAUAGGACAAAUGAAAUCCGUACAGUAUUGUUAUAAUCCAGCUGCAUGCAUGUCUGAUCAAACUAUCAAAUAAUACAGGUUUAUCCCACUGACUUUAGCUGCAGAGUGUACUUUAGAACACAGGCCUGUGAUUAGCACAAAUACAUUUAUACAGAGUGGAAGAAGAUGGAAUAUUGACCUGAUGAAACUCGAUUAACGGCCAAGAUUCUCUGGGAAGUUGAAAUAGCUGUUUUGCAUUGCAGUGCAAGCUGUGCAAAAAGUACUACAGGCUUUUCCUACUCUAUGCUCAACUUUAUGAUUCCGAAGCUAACCUAAAAUUCAUCUUAUUUUAAAUAAACAUUAAUUUAUUUAAGUGUAUUGCCUUUUAGUUUCUGUUAACCCUUCAUACCUGUUAAAAUGACUGACUCUCAAGACUGUAUAUUUGACAAAUGGUGUCGCAAGCAGUAAAUGCAGGUGUCUGUUGUGUCAGUAUAAUUCCCCCUUGUGUUAUUUUUGGAGCUUUCUGUUGACCAGGUAAAGCCAAAAACAAAUAGUGCAUUUUGAAUGUUGAAAGAAGCUCUUGAACAGUGGAGAACUCCCACUGUUGCUAACUGCUUCCUGGAGCAGUGUUGCUUGUCUUUCGUGUAAAACAAUGUACCAGCAAAUUAAUGGGAAACCAAUAUUCUCUUUGUUAUGAGAAAAAGGAUACCAUUACAAUAUUCUCUUUGUUAUUGUUGUUCUGUGAGCUACAAGCUAAGCUAUGUUCCUCUAUCUAAUAAUUGCAGUUUCCACAAAAUAGAUACUGUCUAUUUCUAGUCUCACCCAUGAUAAAUUGAACUAAUGAAGAUAAUCACUUUGAUUUUACCAAAAGCAAAUGUUAAUGAACCUUUGGCAAAAGACAAACUAGUGGCGGAUCUCAGUAUGCCAGACAGCAUUUGCAGGAGGAAUGGACAGACAUUUUUGGGGUGCUUCUUCAGACAAUUUCCCUCCACAGAUGAUGUCUGGUCUGCUGAGUUCCUGCAACAGGUUAUUAUUUUGCUCAAAAUUCCAUCAUCUGCAGUUUCUUAUGUCACCAUGUUAAUGAAUCUUUAUUCUAGGGUGAUAUCUGCCAUGUCACAAUAAUGAAAUCUGAGGCUAUUCCAUCCAAUAUCUGCUAAUGUAGAUCACGUUUUCUAAAUUUCGGUUUCAGCAUCCUGAGAAUAGAUAUAAAUUCAAUAAUGUGUCAACAAAUACUAACGUCUGUUAAUGUACAGGACUAUUGCUACAGGAUUGUGUAUCCUUAGCUAGUGAAAGUGGGAAGGAACUGCAGAUGCUGGUUUAAACUGAAGAUAGACACAAAAUGCUGGUGUCAGCGAGACAGGCAGCAUCUCUGAAGAGAAGGAAUAGGUGACUUUUCGGGUUGAGACCCUUCUUCCAACGGUGAAUGUGAUUGCUUCACCAAGCCAGGUUACCUCGGCAUAACCCAGAGAUUUCAAAAGUUCCGUGAAAGGUACCCUUGAGACCAUAUCGUGUUGCAGCAACCAAAAUUCAUCUUUAUAUUUAAGAAAAAAAAGAAUCAUUACAGGCUAGAAAUAGAAACCUUGGUUGGUACACUUUAUUGCCACAUACAUCACAUGGAGCUGUCUCCUGCUCCAAUGUAACAAGAGACAGCUUUAAGCUGCCUCAUGCCGAUGAGACAUAAGAUUCCACAAUAUGAUUAGGGUUGUAAUUCAUAGUUAAGAACAUUUCAACUUAUUUUAUUCAGACAUGAAUUCUGUUUCUUGCUUCAUAGAUGCUGCAUGACCUGCCAAGUACUUCCAGCAUUUUCUAUUUUUAUGUCAUGUCUUAUCUGCUGGUUAAAAAAAAUGUCAAUUUGCUGAUAAGGACUUGUAAUUUAUUUUAUCAAUACAUUAUUGCCACUUAAUGUUAAAUUCUUCUAAAAUAGUCAGGGUCAUAGUCUGAAUAACUCUAAUGACAAUCUUUAUCAGCUGCUUUGAUCUUGAAUUUUGUCAUAACCCCAACAUCAAAAGAAUAUUUCCUUUGAUCAUUUAUAUUGAUUUCUAUAUUUAGAGUUUGCUUAAGGAAUACAAAUGUCAGAAGGUAUUUGAUUGAAAACAAAAUAUUAAUAUAACAGAAGGGAUCUUGUCCAAAUGAAAUAAUAAAUCACCAGAUAGGAUCAUGAAACAGAAAUAUUUAAUCAGAAGAAAAAGGAUACCAUUACAAUAUUCUAAAUGGCAAAGGAGCAUCAAGUUCUGGUUGGAUUUAGAUUGAAUCUAGAGUUUUAAUAAACCUUGGUAAAUGUAGGUCUGCUGUAAUGUGAUAGUUGUGUUCCUAAUAAUGCAGUUUGUUAUAGAAAAUCACGUUAUAAAGACGAUUGUGUCAAUGGCGGAAAGAGGAUUAGCGGCUAGAUUUGCAAUGGCAGUUAUUUUUACCAUGGGAUUUUCAAAAUAAAAGUAUUUUUAAUAACA